AUGGAUUGUAAUAUUAUUGGAUCACAACAUAAAUGUCUUUGUCGACAUAAAUUUUCUGAAUAUAAAACUGAUUUUGCUGAAAUUCCAAUUGAACGACCCAUUCUUAUUUCAUGUCGUUGUGUAUCAUUUGAGUAUGUUGCAGAUGCAUCUGCGACAAAUGAUCCUAAUUGUCGUUGUAAACAUUCACUUGACACUCAUGGAACACGACCACCUUACACAUGUCACAAAGAUUGUAAUUAUAGUGGAUUUCGUGCACCAUUUACAUGUACAUGUGGUGAACCGGCUUAUGAACAUAUAACAUUAGUUGAAACAAAACAAGAAAGAGAACAAUGUGGUCAUCCAACUGGAUAUGCAACACCAUAUAAAGCGAUGAGUGGUUUAACAGGAUUUACUUCUUUAGCUGAAGGAUAUUUGAGACUUGAUGCUAGUGGACGAAGUCGACCUGAUGAUGAUGAUUUUCUGAAUCGAUCAAUAACUGUUAUGGAUCAUCCAAUUCUUCGUGCAUAUAAGGUACUGAAUCUUUCAUGUGGUAUAAGUGCAGCAUCUAAUCCUUAUGAUACUCAUGUUCAGUUAACUACUGGUAUUCGAAAUAAUAAAUCACUACCACGUCGAAUAACUGGUGGCAAAAAAUAA